CUACCGUCUGACGUGACGUCAUGACCAACUCUCACGUGACCAGGCCGGGCCCCGAUGGUAUGGCGGAAAUAAACGUCGUCUGAGCAAAGAGGACCAUUACUUUCUCACAGGAUUAUACCCCUUUCACGACGCCAGGGGAUUAACAGAGCACCAUAAUCAACAGAGUUUUGCUGUACUGUGGCCCGGCAGUCAUGCCUCCCACAACCUGAUCAUCAAACUUGACUUCAACCACACAACCAGAAGGGCAACCCACUACAACAUAGCAAAGGCCCAGUAAGCAGACUCAGAAGAUGUCGGAUGCGCAGAACCCAUCUUUUUCCCAGCUCCAGGUGACAAUCACCUCAGCCAAACUGAAGGAUGUCGGAGGCGGCUGGUUUGCCAGUAAGCCUGAUCCUUACGUGGAGCUCAGCGUGGAUGGACAGCCUCCCAGGAAGACUGAGGUGGUCAAGAAAACUCUUACUCCUACCUGGAAUGAACACUUCACUGUAUUGGUGACUCCUUACAGCAAACUCGAGCUCAGUGUCUUCAACCACUUCAACCUAAAGACAGACGUCUUGAUGGGGAGGCUACAUCUUGACCUGUACCCUGUUCUAAGGGAUAACAGUGGGAAAUUGACUAACCUGGAGUUAAAAAAAGACUUGCAGCUGAACGUGAAGAAUGUUCAGGUCCGUGCCGGUGACCUGCAGCUCGUGCUGGAUGGGAUGAAUGUCAACAUGGAGCACUACCAGGGCCGCUUCCAGCACAUGGCUAACGGCACAGCUGCCUCAGCUGCCCCUCCCUCUGCAGCGGGGGAUGAAUCUGUAGCCCCCUCCUCCGAUUCCACAGAUGAAACCCCUAGUUCUAGGGGUCAUAGGUUACUCUCAUCUAGACCCAUCAGGCCUAGGUCUCUUCUCUCACUCUUUGGCACUCCAGAGCGCAGCAGACAACAUGUAAACGGGGAAGUGUCCCGGGGACAGGGUGAUGCCUCCACACCCACCAGCCAGCAGAACGGCCCGUCCAGCAAUACGUCCACCCCCAACACCAGACACCCUGAGCAGCCAGGUGCGAGAUCUCGCGCUGGCCGCCCGGCCCCAUCUCCCCCGUCCGCCGAUCUGUCGUCACAAGCCAGUUCCCAGCCGCCGCCGCCCCUGCCCAGCAGAUCGGGGGCUGCUGCAGCAGCUGUCGCUGGAGCAUCCGCAGGAGCCAGCAACUCCCCGCAGCCCAGCGGCAGACAGCAGGGCAAACCGCCAAGUGCCGGCCAGUCCCCACAGCAAAACCCCCCUCCCAGUGGCCCUCCUCCCGAUGCGAGCGACACUUCCAACACCACACCCCAGAAUGGGCCAACACCAGCAGGGCAGGAGCCACUCCCUCCUGGGUGGGAGACAAGGAUAGACCCCCACGGCAGACCGUACUAUGUGGACCACACCACCAGAACUACCACUUGGGAGAGGCCACAGCCCUUGCCACCGGGCUGGGAACGGCGUGUGGACCCCCGGGGUAGAGUCUAUUAUGUGGACCACAACACACGUACCACCACGUGGCAGCGCCCCACGGUGGACACGGUGCGGAACUACGAGCAGUGGCAGCAGUACCGUACGCAGCACCAGUCAGCCGCCAUGCAGCAGUACCAGCAGCGAUUCCUCUGGCAGACCAACGCUGUAGCUGCUGACGACCCGCUGGGCCAGCUCCCUCCUGGCUGGGAGAAGAGAGAGCAGAAUGGAAGGGUUUACUUUGUCAACCACAACACCAGAACAACUCAGUGGGAGGACCCCAGGACACAGGGAAGUGCAGUUAACGGUGAGCCCCGCAGUGGUGCAACAGCUGAAGGAAGUGCGGUAAACGAGGAGCCCCUGCCCGAGGGCUGGGAGAUGAGAUACACAGCGGAGGGUGUCAGGUACUUUGUGGACCACAACACACGGACAACCACAUUCCAGGACCCCAGGAGUGGUGCAACAGCCAAAGGACCCAAAGGAGCAUACGGAGUGCCCAUUGCCUAUGAGAGAAGUUUCAGAUGGAAAUUGGGACAAUUCAGGUAUCUCUGUCAGUCCAAUGCGCUGCCUAGCCACGUCAAGAUUAGUGUGUCCAGGCAAACUGUCUUCGAAGAUUCCUUCCACCAGAUCAUGCGGUUACAACCAUUCGAUCUGCGGAGGAGAUUGUACAUCAUUUUCCGGGGGGAGGAAGGAUUGGACUACGGUGGAAUAGCAAGGGAGUGGUUCUUCAUGUUGUCCCACGAGGUGUUGAACCCCAUGUACUGCCUGUUUGAGUACGCCAGCAAGAAUAACUACAGUCUGCAGAUCAACCCGGCCUCUUCAGUCAACCCCGACCACCUCAUGUACUUCAGGUUCAUCGGCAGGUUUAUAGCCAUGGCGUUGUACCAUGGGAAGUUCAUCGACAACGGCUUCACGCUGCCCUUCUACAAGCAGAUGUUGAGCAAGAAGCUGACAAUGAAGGACCUGGAGUCUGUGGACCCCGAGUUCUACAACUCCCUGCAGUUCAUCAAGGAAAAUGACAUUGAUGAGCUGGACAUGGAGCUGUACUUCUGUGCAGACUUUGAGGUGCUGGGUAAGAUCACGACGGUAGAUCUCAAAGAGGACGGGUCAAACAUCCGAGUGACUGAGGAGAACAAGGACGAGUACAUCAUACUCAUGGUUAACUGGAGGUUCCAGCGUGGUGUGGAGGAACAAACCAAGGCCUUCCUGGACGGCUUCAACGAUGUCGUCCCACUGCAGUGGCUGCAGUACUUCGACGAGAGGGAACUUGAGUUGAUGCUGUGUGGCAUGCAGGAGUUUGACAUUAAUGACUGGCAGAGGAACACCAUCUACAGACACUACGCACGCAACAGCAAGCAGGUCCAGUGGUUCUGGCAGUAUGUGAAAGAACUGGACAACGAGAAACGUGCCCGACUCUUACAGUUUGUGACGGGCACGUGCAGGCUACCUGUGGGAGGAUUUGCAGAGUUAAUGGGGAGCAAUGGUCCCCAGAGGUUUUGUAUAGAGAAGGUCGGAAAGGAAACCUGGCUACCGCGCAGCCACACAUGUUUUAACCGCCUGGACUUGCCGCCGUACAAGAGCUACGAGCAGCUGGUAGAGAAGCUGAAUUACGCCAUCGAGGAGACGGAAGGCUUCGGACAGGAAUAAGGACGGGCCAGGGAAACCUUCCAGCCUGCUGUCCUGCCAUUCAACCAUAGCUGGGCCAUUUGGAGUCUUUGGUUUUCUGCAUGGCCCACCUGGGCCAAGUCUAAACCAUUUUUACCUGCUCUAGGUUGAUCCAGAAUCAAGCAUGAUGUCUGAAAGUGCACCAAAUUUUCAGAAAAUUAUGUAUCGCAAAAUAGGCAAGCUGAUGAUACCAAAUCAUAGAGAAUAGCCAUUUAUUCCCAAGGAUUCAAAUGAGUAUUUUCUUUAUUUUGGGGAUGGGGAAGGCUUUUAAAUGUAAAUGUAGCUGAAUGCCAUCUUAUUAAUGUGUUAGGAGUAAGUAAUGAAGACUCUUUGUUUCCAAUGAACAGAUCUUAUGUUGAAUAAGGAAGUAUGUGCAAAACUAGUACCUGUCCAAUCAUGUUAAUUUCCUGCAUAGCAGGCACAAGUAGGGGACGACAGUUCAUUCAACUAAAGUAGGAAUGGACGAUUGAUUAGCAAAAGGGUAAGGUUUGAUCCUUGGUUAAGCUUGAAUUAGGCUUCUGUGUCAUGAGGUAGUAAAUGUAGCAAAUCCAUACCAAUUUUUUCAAGACCAAUCUGAACUUGUGUUAGGAACUACCAUGCCUUUUAACCCUGGUCACUCUUUCAGUAGCUCCUUGUUUCAAAUUCCCGUGUGUAAUAUUUUUUCUAGAUGAACAGUAAAAUCUCUCGUAAUGUUACAUGCAAUGAAUGUGCUCCCUUUGUAUAUUAUAUUUCAUAAGUUUUAUCAUUAUAGGUAUAUUUGACUUUACAAAUUUGUAAGAUUCUUCAAAUUUCCGUUGUCUACACAAAUCUUAAGUGGCCAGGGUUAUUAAACCUUCUCAAUACUGAGGUAGCCUUUUUAGCACUACAGUUGUAUUGGUUACAGAGUUAGGCUACAAGGAGAGGGUUAGAAAUUGCACAAGGCAUACAGCAGAGAGCAUAGCAACCCUGUCAGCACCCAUUUUGUAUGUUGUGUAAAAAGUUGGUGGCAGGCUAUCAGCCACCAGAAGCCAUGAGCAGACUGGUAUGUACAUAAAUCAGAUUUUUUUCCUCCCUGCUUGGUGAAUGUUGUAUGAAAGAUUUAUGAUUCUCAAUUCCAUGUUGAUUCUUUUUUUUGCUGAGAAUUGUGACUUUGAUAAAACUGUGUCAAUCUCGCAGUUUUUUUCUGGCGUGAAGGAAAGUCAAAUCGUCUUUUCUGCACGGACAAGUUCCAAAGUGUAAUGGGGUCUGCAGAGAUGCACAUAACCAGCCAGAUAUGUAGUAUAAACACUUACAACUGGCCAGUGCCUAUUGUAGACACUCCAUGAUCAGGCCAUUAUCAGUCCUUUGGUAAUCCAAUAACCAGACUGAGUGUGAAGAGAUCUUGAUUUAGACUAUUGUAUAUUGAGCAUGGGCACCUCUCGGCUACUACCCAGUUGAGUAAAAAUGAAGCAGCAACUUCCUUCAAAACCAAACUGUAAAAUGGUAUAUAGUGAGACAGUCAAUUUGUCCACACACUGAAUGCCUUCAUUUGCAAAUAGCAAAUCUCUUUGUAUGACAUGUGAAGAUCUUAUUAUUUCAGCGUUAAUUAUGAGUACAUUAUAAGUCUCCCACUUCCUCUAUAUGUGAAGAGUUUUUGGCAAUCUGCAAUCUGCUUUGUACAAAUACAUGUAAAUUUAAUGUCAUCCAAGCUGACUAGAGCCUGGCAACUGUGAAAGGGAAGGAAAGAUUUAAGUUAGCAAUUUUCCAAGUGGAUGAUUUUACUAACAUUAUAGUUAAAAAAAGAAAUCCUUAUGUAAUGUAAAUACUGUUAUAUUAGUCUGGGAGGGGAAUACCUGUGAUUUUGUUGUUUGUGUAUGACCGCUGCUACUAUUUUUAUCAGGUGUGUAUUUAUACAGAUAUCGCCCUUCCCUCCUGGUUCGAUAUCGCCUAUAUGGAAGGCGAUACAUGUACCACAAGAAUACUGUAUUUUCAGUGCACAAUUGUAAAUGCCAAGCUUCUCUAGACUACUGUCAAAUCCUAGUAUUGUCUCCAAUGUGUGUUUGCAGGGUCCAUCAAAAACUGAUACAGACGUUUUGAGAUGGAAAAAGUCACUCCAACUGAAAGGAAAUAUUUCCUUCAUUUGCAGGGUAUUCACUUUUUAAUAAACUUCAAAUUCUGUUGAUGUGAUCUGAAUUUGAAUGAAGGCAGGCCAUCCCUGCAUUACUCUAUUUCGUGUCGUUUGCAGGAAUCAAAAUUUAUGACGCCAUUAGAUUGUCAUUUAAUUUCAGAUGAUUCCUCUAUUCGUAUAGAUUCAGGCAGUUUAAAUCAUCAGCAUCUGUUUGAUCAGAAAACUGUUUUUUUGUGACCCUGUAGUAUACACUUUGGCUUCUGCAAGACAGCUGCCCAUGUUGGAUUGAAUUUCUUUGAUAGGUAUUCCGAUACAGCAAAAGCCACUAACACAGCAACCAUUAGAGCAUCUUCUGUGAUUUAUUUUCAUCUUAAUCAGUUGUGGAUGUGGAGUACUUUUCAACUGUCAUUCGGAAUGCCUAUCUUGAAUGUACAUGUAAGUUUGUCUCCAAUCUUUGCUAUCCCAGCAUAGACCUCCCACACACUAAUGUACAGGUCUGUCUUCCUCUUGUCAUCCUCAAACGAGUCUCUUUUCCAAUAAAUUGCUGAUUUUAUUAUGAAA